AUGGCUGAAAUUAGUGAGGAUUUCCCUCCUCUCUCUAAAGGCCCUGUGGUCGGACAACAUGCAUCAGCUACUUUGGCUCCUUGGACCGACAACUUCACUGCUCCGGAAACUAGAUCUGAGGUUUUUCCUAUGACCUUUGUUCCUCCUCAACAAAAACUCUCUUUCAAGGCAGAUGAUCUCUCGGAAGGUAUAUCUUUAUGGAACUUAACUCUUGUUGGUUAUUCGAUCGGUCAAAGACCAUACUAUGAGAGACUUCUCGCCUCCAUGAAAAAGUUGUGGAAGUUAAAAGGAUCUAUGUCUCUAAUCUCUCUUGCUGAAGGUUUUUUUCUUCUGAAAUUUAAUAAUCUUGACGACUAUAACAUGAUUUGGUCGGGAGGACCUUGGUUUCUUCUAGGUAAACCAUUUGUUCUUCAACAAUGGUCACCUAAGUUCAAACCUAAGAGAGAUGAAAAUGCCUCUAUUUUGAUCUGGAUCAAGAUUCUGGAUCUACCUCUUGCUCUUUGGACUCCUUCGGGAAUAUCAAAAAUUGCUAGCUAUAUUGGAGUUCCUCUAAUUGUUGAUAAUCUCACUGCUAAACGUACUCGUUUAAGCUUUGCUAGAAUAUGCGUCCAAAUCUCUAAAGACUCCAAACUUCCUGAUGAAAUUCCUAUUGAAAUUGAAGGAGAAGAAUCUGUUUUAAAAGUAAUCUAUGAUUGGAAACCUACUCCGUGUGAAAUUUGCGGAUCUUUGAUACAUCCUUCUCUUGAUUUGGGUAAUAUUCCCAGGCAAAGAGGAAGAAGUACCAGUAGGAAUCAACGAUCCAAAAAUCGUUCAAAUUCCAAUCUUCCUCCGAUUCUUCCCACACCUCCUAAUAUUCCUCUCAAUCCUAUCCCGGAUAAUGUUCCUUUUACUGAAAAUAUUACUCCUGCUGCUAAUGCAGAAGAAACUGCUGAUCAUACAAUGUUUUGUGAUAAAGAUAAUGAGAAUAGAGACACUCAUAUUCCCAAUCUCAAUUUUCCUACUGAAGAGUUAUCGUCAUCUGAACCUAAUACAACGGCUAUGCUCAAAAAUGGAUCUGGUAUAACUCUUGCUAAUAAAUUUAUUAUGCUUGAUGAAGAAAAUACUAGGAUAAAUAAUCAGGAAAUUGAGCUUGAUGAAGAAAAUACUAGGAUAAAUAAUCAGGAAAUUGAGAUUGAAGAGGUCUCUUCAAUAAAUCCUGAAAAGCUCCCGCUGGAAGACAUUUUGUCUCAUAAUAAUUCUCCUCCCAAAGUCUCUCCUGUCACUAAUAAAUCCCUUAAACAACCUCCUUUGCCCCCUCAAAACAAUAAGUCUAACAAAGGAAAAGGUGCCAAAAAGGCAAAAUCAUCCUCUUCAAAAUCAAAAUGAAUACUUCCCCUAUUGCGUGUUGGAAUGUCAGAGGG